AUGUCGCAGUUACCAGGGGCAUACGCGAAUGGCUGGGCAAUCGAUACUGCGCCAGUUGACCUGAAGAAUAAUGAUAAAGACUAUCACCCGGUGUUCAAAGCGUUCCUCGCUGGCUCCUUUUCUGGCACCUUUAGUACGAUACUCUUUCAACCAUUGGACCUUGUGAAGACCAGGCUACAAAAUCCUACCCAAAAUGUUGUUGCGACGACAGUCAGUGGCAGAAUCCAACCCGGCAUGAUAACAACCUUCGUGAACAUUAUACGUCAGGAACAAAUAAUAGGGCUGUGGCGUGGUAUGGUACCAUCCAUAGCCCGUUGCGUUCCCGGCGUGGGGCUUUACUUCUCAUCUCUCCAUUGGUUGAAGACUAAAUUGGGGAAGAAUAGACAAGAUCUAAGUGCCAUGGAAGCGAUCGCUCUAGGGGUCGUUGCUAGGACUAUGAGUGGCGUUGCGUUGAUACCAAUUACUGUUAUUAAGACCAGAUAUGAAUCAGGCGUGUAUAAGUACAACAGUCUUAGUGGAGCCCUCAAAGCGAUAUACAAAGCUGAAGGCAUUCGAGGUCUCUCCUGUGGCUUAGGACCAACUCUGGCUAGGGAUGCACCGUUCUCUGGCCUUUAUCUCAUGUUCUAUACACAGUCGAAGCAGGCAGUGCCAAAAGAAUGGCUACAAUCUCCGACUGCAUCUAGCGGUAUCCAUUUCACAUGCGGCGUAUUAGCUGGCAUCGCUGCGUCACUUGUCACAAACCCGGCUGAUGUGUUGAAGACAAAGAUGCAAUUGUAUCCCGAGAAAUUCCCUAACUCAUUCAGUGCUGCCAUGUAUGUGCAUCAGACCUACGGAUUUCUGGGGUUCUUCAAAGGAGCAGUCCCAAGAAUGGUUCGUAGGAGUCUUAUGGCAGCAAUGGCCUGGACGGUGUUUGAGGAAAUAACUCGAUCUAUUGGCUUAAAAUAA